AUGGAUACUAUAACAAUUGGAAUAUAUUUGGAUGGAAAAAUAUUCAUGAAAAAACAAUUCAAUAAGAACAUUUCUCUUUCUGAUAUCAGAAAGAAACUUGAAAUUGUAACAUGUAUAACAAAAGGUUUUGUAUUUGAAGAUCAAGAAAGAAAUAAAAUACAAAGAGAAAAUGAAAAAUCAUUAAAAUUAUCAUCUAUUUUAUAUGAUAACAAGAUCAAUAUAACAACAGAAAUGUCUGAUACUUCAUCAAAUAAUAAUACAACAUCUGUUGGUUCACUAUGUAAUACUACAACACAUAAUACAUCAUCAAAUAAUACUACAACUGUACCCAGAAAAAAUGUUCCAAUUGAAGGAAAUAUAAGAUUGGAAAGCCAUGAAAAAGGAAAAUUGAAAAUAUAUUUAUAUCCAAAUGAACCAUUUAACCAAAUAGAUGAGAGUGAAGCAAUUGCUAUUUUAGUUGUUGGUGAAACAGGAAGUGGUAAAACAACAUUAUUAAAUAGUUUUGUAAAUGCAUUAUAUGGAAUUAAGAUAACAGAUGAUUUUAGAUAUAUAAUUAUAAAUGAAGAUAAUUUAAAACAAAAUAGAGAUCAAUCUAAAAGUCAAACAAGUGAAGUAACAAUUUAUAAUAUUAAAAGAACAAAAAGAACACCACCAAUAAAAAUAAUAGAUACACCUGGAUUUGGAGAUACAAGAGGAAUUGAACAUGAUAAAGAAAUUACUAAACAAAUCAAAGAAGCAUUUGAAACAAAAGUAUUAGAUCUAAAUGCUAUUUGUUUUGUUGCACAAUCAAGUAAUCCAAGAUUAACAGCAAGUCAAAAAUAUAUAUUUGAUAAUAUUAUUGAUUUAUUUGGGAAAGAUGUAAAAAAGAAUUUUAUUACUAUGCUUCAUUCUGUGAUGGUGAAGACCCACAAAUUAUUGGAGCAUUACAAUCUCAAGAUUGUAUUUUCAGUACAAUUAUUCCAGAAAUAG